AUUGGGUCUUGCUGCACCAUUUGUGUGCCUCUUUUGAAUCUCAUGACGCUCCACUUGCAGUAAUUCGCUUUCAAGUCACUUCACCUACCUACACCUUCAGCUUCUAGUAGGUAUCUACAAUCAUCCCCAGUGGAACAAGAAAACCCCCCAUUCUAUUUCUACACUUGUCGGUAUACUGAUCCCUUAUUUUGCACAGAAAUCAGCCAUGGUCGAGCUCAAGCCUAUAUUCCAAAAGGCCUACUGGUCCCUAGCCGCUGCCGGGCUUAUCUAUGUGGGCAUCAUAUGUUCUCUAACUUACCCGACAGUCCAAAGAUGGGCACUAUAUGCCAACAAAGUUAACCCAGCCGUGUGGCAGGACGUCAAUGCGGUAGAGUCGUUUGGGUUCCUAAAGACCCAGAUUCAACCGUUCAAUUUAGUCACCCCUGAUAAUGAAACGCUUUACGGAUGGCACAUCCUGCCUCUGCAUCUUUGCCGGGAACAUGAGGCCGAGCUGAAUGCCAACGAGCCGACUGGCCCCGCGGAUGAGUACACGGCAAGUACUGCAUUUAGACUCUUAGCCAAUGACCCCAACGCGCGGGUGGUUGUCAGCUUUCACGGCAAUGCCGCUCAUCUAGGCUCCGCCCAGCGGCCCGAGUCAUAUCGUAUGCUUCUGGGUCUAUCAUCCCCUUCAACCCCCAUCCAUGUAUUCGCCAUCGAUUACCGCGGGUUCGGUAUUUCCACCGGUACCCCUACAGAAGAUGGCCUGAUCACAGACGGCGUGUCUCUCCUGAACUUUCUGACUUCCCACCCGUUGAACAUUCCUCCUUCUCGGAUUGUGCUCGUUGGCCAGAGUCUUGGAACAGCCGUAACUGCAGCAGUAGCAGAGCGCUUCGCCCUUGGCUCACCGGAUCCAACCGCGGUUCAGCCCGCCAUCAAAGACCCAGAGCCUUUCGCCGGAGUAAUCCUCCUCGCAGCCUUUAGCAACGUGCCCAGCCUCAUUGAAUCCUACAGCUUGAAAGGAAUUACCCCGCCCAUGCUCUCUCCACUGCGUGGCUACCCUCGCUUCCAGAACUGGGUGAGAAGCCAUAUUCUCGACCACUGGAACACCGCCGCUCGAGUCGCAAGGCUCACAGGCGUAAAUAAUACUGCGGAUAUCAACCCAGCCUAUGCGACCAAGGGCUUGAACUUGGCUAUUCUACACGCCUGGGAUGAUUACGAAAUCCCCUGGUACGAAGGACAUCGUGUUUGGGCUGCCGCAACGGGCGAAAAGCAGAAAGACGCUCCUGGCGCCCUGGUGUACGAAAAGAAAGAUCACAGUGGUCCUAAUGAGCUUAGGAUCUGGGAGUACCAGUCCGGCGACAGCGGUGCCGUCAAACGAGUGAGAUGGGAACGUGUUGGCUUUGGAGGUCACAAUCUGGUAGCGACCUUUUCCGCCGCCGCCCUGGCAGUGCUGAGGGCUUUUGAAGAGUGAUGGAGCCUGAUGACUGCAUACCCUUCAGUCGGUAAGUGUCUCAGCACGCGGCAUGUUUUCUAAUCGUACGAUUUUGGCACCUAAAGACAUGUAUAGGGAGAAUAGAUAUCUCCAGUUUUUAACAAUUCGGGGAAACAAACAACUCCACUCGCAAGCUUACAUUUCUAUCGGGGCCGGCCCGGUUUCUUGAUUAUUUAUAAGCCACAGUCAGUUUAUGAGAGGAGAUAUAGCGAUCAUGAGAGUAAUAUGUACAAUGUGCAAACUGGAUAUCCCUGUUUUUACCUACUCCGUGGAUGAUGAUAAUAUUGUCGGAUCCGCCACAAGACAAUUGGCGCCGAUUUUGAAGCUCGAAAAAUAAAGACCAAAAAAGUUGAAUAAGAAAACAAUCCCACAGGGUUGGUCUAUAUUGCAAGUAAAUAAUACACUGUCCCAAAGUAUUUGGAAGAAGUAGAGAAG